AGGAGGAGGAGGAGGAGCAGCGGCAGCGCCUGCUCCGUGAUCGUGGGCUGGAUAUUUUUGGACUCCACAGAUCAGAACACUGUUGGCAGAUCUUGAUCCAAACAGCAGAAAAAUACUAAAACCAAACCGUGGGGACGGGCAGGAGGACAGAGACACACACUCUCACACUGAUUUACAUCUGAACUCCCCGGGAACAACACAUCCAGGUGGUGGGUGGAGGAAAAUCCCAGCCCAGUGCUGGAUCCUAGAGGGACCUUCAGUGUGGUAAGGACCCUUAAGACGUAGAAGGGUGCAUGGAGGGUUCAAGACCUGGAAAGCCGGGGUCCUCAGCCUGCCUCUGGUUGGGGCUGGCCUCGGUGGCUGUAGCCUUCCUUUGUACAGAGGCCCGGACCACUCCAAGUCCUCUGCUUAGCCCCAGCAAUGGGACCUGUCACGGCAACUCCAAGUGCAACCCAGGCAUCAUCCUGCCGAUAUGGUACCCAGAGGACCCCUCUAUGGGAGACAAGGUUGCCAGGGUCAUUGUGUAUUUUGUGGCCAUGAUUUACAUGUUUCUUGGAGUCUCCAUUAUCGCUGACCGCUUCAUGGCUGCCAUCGAGGUCAUCACAUCCCAGGAGAGAGAAAUUGUCAUCAAACGGCCCAAUGGUGAAACCACAACCACCACGAUCCGGGUGUGGAACGAAACGGUCUCCAACCUCACCCUGAUGGCCUUAGGCUCAUCUGCCCCUGAGAUUAUGCUCUCUGUGAUCGAGGUCUGUGGUCACGAGUUCAAAUCUGGGGAGCUCGGGCCUGCCACAAUUGUCGGCAGUGCAGCCUUUAACAUGUUUGUCAUCAUUGGCCUCUGUGUGUUAGUCAUCCCUGAAGGAGAAGUACGCAAAGUCAAACACCUUCGAGUGUUUUUCAUCACGGCAGGCUGGAGCAUCUUUGCCUACAUCUGGCUCUACAUGAUUCUGGCCGUCUUUUCUCCCAAUGUCGUCCAGGUCUGGGAAGGCCUCCUAACACUGGCCUUCUUCCCCAUAUGUGUAGUCCUCGCAUGGGUGGCGGACAGACGGUUGCUGUUCUACAGAUUCAUGCACAAGAAAUAUCGCACCGACAAACACAGAGGAGUCAUCAUUGAGACAGAGACGGAACGCUCUAAGGGUAUUGAGAUGGACGGCAAGCUUGUCAACUCCCACUUCAUGGAUGGAGGUGUGGCGAGUAAUCUGAUUGGUUUGAUCGAAAACAAGGAGGUAGACGAGUCACGCCGCGACAUGAUCCGAAUACUUAAAGACCUGAAGCAGAAGCACCCGGAGAAAGAGUUGGAUCAGCUGGUUGAGAUGGCCAACUACUACGCACUAUCACACCAGCAAAAGAGCAGAGCCUUCUACCGCAUCCAAGCCACGCGCAUGAUGACCGGCGCUGGGAACAUCCUGAAGAAACACGUUGCAGAACAGGCCAAAAAGAGUGCCAGCGUGCAGGAAGUUCGCGUGGAUGAGACAGAAGAGUACGUUUCUCGAGUCACUUUUGAACCGGCCGUCUAUCAGUGCCUGGAGAACUGUGGCGCCGUCAUCCUGACCAUCACCAGAAAAGGCGGUGACAUCAGCAAGACCAUCUCUGUGGAUUAUAAGACCGAAGACGGUUCAGCCAACGCUGGCGCCGACUACGAGUUCACAGAGGGAACAGCUGUUUUCAAGCCAGGAGAGAUGAUCAAGGAAAUAAGUGUCGGCAUCAUCGACGAUGACAUUUUUGAGGAGGACGAGCACUUUUUUGUACGCCUGAGCAACCUGCAGGUCCUGGACCCUGAUGAAGAGUUCAUGAUCUUCAACAGUCACAUGCUGGGCUUCCCUUCUGUGGCAACCGUGACCAUUCUUGAUGAUGAUCAUUCUGGAAUCUUCACAUUCGAGAGCAACCAAGUGCACAUCAGUGAAGGCAUCGGUAUUAUGGAGGUGAAAGUGCUAAGGACUUCAGGAGCAAGGGGAACUGUCGUUGUGCCGUACCGCACCGUGGACGGACUCGCCAAAGGAGGAGGGGAAGACUUUGAAGACACCUACGGGGAGCUGGAGUUCAAAAACGACGAGACAUGCAAAGUUGUUCGUGUGAAAAUAAUUGACGACGAGGAGUAUGAGAAAAACAAGAACUUCUUCCUGGAGCUGGCUGAGCCUCGAAUGGUAGACAUGAGUCUGCAGAAAGGUACCUCUGUCUUUUACUGUCUCCCAUCUCUGUCCCCCCGUUCAUCUUUGUUCUCUUUUCUAUGUCCACAUUUUCUCUUUGCCUAAAAUGUAACUUCAUCAACUAACCGCCCCUACAGUAGUUACCCUGCCAUUUUUCACCACCAUCGCACCUAAAAACUCGUAAAAACACCGUUCGCUUUAUGUCGACAAUUUUCUCAAACAGAAACUGCAGGGGCGUCAUCUGCAUAUAAAGAGAGCUGCUAUCAUUUGCCAUCUCUACACAGCACAUAGGUAUCAUUAUGUAAAACCAGAAAGUAGAGACGCAGCAUAUUUUAAAACCCGACUGUAAGGGUCGUGAC